AGAAGAAGAAGAGGAGGAAGAACGUUGUCGACCAAGAGGAAUGUUUAAGAGCUGAGUGAGCUUUGACUUACAUCUAAAAUGAGUCUCUCUGGGGAGAGAGAGGAGGGGACCACUGCCUCUAAAAUGAGUCUCUUUGGGGAGAGUGAGGAGGGGACCACUGCCUCUAAAAUUAGUCUCUCUGUGGAGAGAGAGGAUGGGACCACUGCCUCUAAAAUUAGUCUCUCUGGGGAGAGAGAGGACGGGACCACUGACUCUAAAAUGAGUCUCUCUGGGGAGAGAGAGGAGGAGACCACUGCCUCUAAAAUGAGUCACUUUGGGGAGAGAGAGGACGGGACCACUGACUCUAAAAUGACUCAAGACACCAGUUCUAAGUGUGUCCAGAAGCCCAGAGCAGAGUCACCUACAACCAGCCUGCUAUCAAUGAAGAGUGAUCAGCCACCUGCUUUCAGCCAGGAACCAUUACCAGAUGACAAUAAGGAAGUGGAGAGUUUGGACAGUCAAACUCUGCUGACAGUCCAACAAGACAUCAAGGCUAAACUGAAACACAAGUAUCAACACAUAUCUGAAGGAAUUGGACACCAUGGAAACCAAAGUCUGUUCAAAGACAUCUACACAGAGCUCUACAUCACAGAGGGUGGAAGUGGAGGGCUCAAUAAUGAACAUGAGGUUAGACAGAUCGAGAUGGCAUCCAAGAAACAACCCACACAAGAGACACCAAUCAAAUGCAAUGACAUCUUCAAGCCUUUACCUGGACAACACAAACCUAUCAGAACUGUGCUGACCAAAGGAAUAACUGGUGUUGGAAAAACAGUCUCUGUGCAGAAGGUCAUCCUUGACUGGGCAGAGGGGAAAGCAAAUCAGAACGUUCAUUUCAUGUUUCCUCUUCCUUUCCGUGAUCUGAACCUGAAAAAGGACCAAUACAGUCUGAUGCAACUUCUUUCCCACUACUUCUCAGAGCUGAAAGAGAUUGACAGCAUUGAAGAUGGUGAAACCAAAACUGUUUUCAUUUUUGAUGGUCUGGAUGAGUGUCGACUUCCUCUAGACUUCAAAAACAAUGAGAAGUGCUGUGAUGUCACGAAGCCAACCUCAGUGGACGUGCUGCUGACAAACCUCAUCAAGGGGAAUCUGCUUCCCUCUGCGCUCCUCUGGAUAACCUCACGGCAUGCAGCAGCCAAUCAGAUCCCUCCUGAGUGUGUUGACCAGGUGACAGAGGUACGAGGGUUCAAUGAUCCACAGAAGGAGGAGUAUUUCAGGAAGAAAAUCACAGAUCAGAAUCUGGCCAAUGAAAUCAUCAAACACGUGAAGACAUCAAGGAGCCUCCACAUCAUGUGCCACAUGCCAGUCUUCUGUUGGAUAUCAGCCACUGUCCUUGAGAUGAUGCUGAAAGAGGCAGAGAAGGAUGAAGUCCCCAAAACUCUGACCCAGAUGUACUCACACUUCAUGAUCCAAAUCAUUGUGAAGAACAGGAAGUACAACAAAGCCACAGAGACGAACCCAAAGGAACUGUCUCAGUCAGACAAAGAGAUGAUCCUUAAACUGGCAAAGCUGGCUUUCCAACAGCUGCAGAAGGGCAACCUGAUCUUCUAUGAGGAGGACCUGAGAGAGUGUGGCAUUGACGUCACAGAGGCAUCAGAGUACUCAGCAUUGUGUACAGAGAUCUUUAAAGAAGAAUCUGGGCUGUACCAAGACAAGGUCUACAGCUUUGUGCAUCUGAGCAUUCAGGAGCUUCUAGCAGCAGUGCAUGCUUUAGAGUCAUGUCUGGGCAAGAAGGAAAAAGUUUUCUCCCCCAAAGCAGUCACCAGUGAUGAUGUCACAGCAGUCACUAAGGGCCAAGAUUAUUAUGAAAACAGCCGAUUCAAAUUCUGGUCCUACAAGUUGAAGCCUGACAAGUUGACGUCAAUCGAUGAUAAUGAUUACGAUGAUUCCGAUGAAGACAAAAAGGAUGACAAUGAUGAAGAGGAGUCAAUACAGUUGUCUGAUUUACACAGGAGAGCAGUGGACCAGGCCUUGAAGAGUGAGAUUGGACACCUGGACCUGUUCCUCUGCUUCCUUCUGGGUCUCUCACUGGCAUCCAAUCAGAAUCUGUUACAAGGCCUUCUGACACAGACAAAAAGAACAACACAGACCAAUGAGGAAACAGUUGAGAGAACAGCCAGGUACCUUUCAGACAAGAUCAAGGAGGAAUCCUCACCAGAAAGGAUCAUCAACUUGUUCCACUGUCUGAAUGAACUUGGUUCCAACUCUCUAGUUGAAGACAUGCAGACCUCCCUGCGAUCAGGAACUCUUUCAGAAACAAGACUAAAACCUGACCAAUGUUCAGCCCUGGCCUACCUGUUACUGAUGUCAGAGGAGGUGCUGGAGGAGUUUGACCUGAAGACAUACAACACAUCAGAGGAAGGUUAUCAGAGGUUGCUGCCGGUAGUGAAAACCUGCAAGAGAGCACUACUGGAUCGCUGUAAACUCACAUAUAAAUCCUGUGAGACUCUGACCUCAGCUCUGCAGACACCUAACUCUCCCCUGAGAGAACUGGACCUCAGCUCCAAUGACCUGGGAGACAGAGGAGUGGAGCUGCUCUGUGUUGGACUAACCAGUCCCCUCUGCAACAUACAGACACUAGUUCUUGGUCAGUGUGGUCUGACAGAGGGUUGCUGUUCAGAUCUGGCCUCAGUCCUGAGUUCACCCAACUCACAACUGAACCAACUGGAGCUGAGAGACAAUGACCUGCAGGACUCAGGAGUUACACUGCUGUCUGCUGGACUGGAGGAUCCAGACUGUAAACUACACACACGGGUAAGUACAGCUGUUUCAGUCAGGUCUGUACUGAGCUGAGUUACACUGCUGUCUGCUGGACUGGAGGAUCCAGACUGUAAACUACACACACUGGGGCUGUCUGGCUGUCUGGUCACAGAGGAGGGCUGUGCUGCUCUGUCAUCAGCUCUGAGGUCAAACCCCUCCCACCUGAAAGAGCUGGACCUGAGCUACAAUCACCCAAGAGACUCUACAGGGGGACUGCUUUCAGCUGCUCUGAUGGAUCUCACAUAUAAACUGAUGAAGCUGAAUGUGGAUCAUGGUGGAGAGUGCAGGCUGAAAUCAGGGCCACGGAAAUAUGCUUGUCAUCUCACCCUGGACCCAAAUACAGCACACCCAUACCUGAUACUGUCUGAGGGGAACUGUAAAAUGACAUGUGUGGUGGAGGAGCAGCAUUAUGAAGACCAUCCAGACAGAUUUGAUUGUCGUCACCAAGUUCUCUGCAGAGAAGGCUUAUCUGGAGGUCAUUAUUACUGGGAGGUGGAGAGGGAUGGUGACUGGGAUGGUGGCAAGGCUUACAUUGGUGUGGUGUACAAAAGAAUAAAGAGGAAGGGAGAAGAGGAUGACAGUUGGAUUGGACACAAUAAGGAGUCCUGGUGUUUAGUCUGCUCUGACAGUGAUUAUCACUUUUACCAUGCUGGAGUCCAUAGCAGAUCCAUCCCUGGUCCUGGUCCUAGCACAGUUGGUGUGUUUCUGGACUGGUCAGCUGGUACUUUGUCCUUCUAUAGUGUGUCCUCCUCUGGUACACUGACACACCUUCACACAGAACACACCACAUUCACUGAACCCCUCUAUCCUGGGUUUGGGUUUGAGGUUUCCUCCUCUGUGACCCCGUGUCAGAUAAAUGACCAACACAUUCAGAGAGACCAUGGUGGAGAGAGUUGGAUCAAGCCUGGACCUGAGAACACCAGAGACCAUGGUGGAGAGAGUUGUAUCGAGCCUGGACCUGAGGACACCAGAGACCAUGGUGGAGAGAGUUGUAUCGAGCCUGGACCUGAGGACACCAGAGACCAUGGUGGAGAGAGUUGUAUCGAGCCUGGACCUGAGAACACCAGAGACCAUGGUGGAGAGAGUUGGAUCGAGCCUGGACCUGAGAACACCAGAGACCAUGGUGGAGAGAGUUGGAUCGAGCCUGGACCUGAGAACACCAGAGACCAUGGUGGAGAGAGUUGUAUCGAGCCUGGACCUGAGAACACCAGAGACCAUGGUGAAGAGUUUUGGAUCGAGCCUGGACCUGAGAAAUGGAUUCCUCAGAGCUGUAAGACUUGUGACCAUGUUGAGGACUCCACACACUGGCUUCAGAUUGAACCCUUGACUUCCACUGUCCAGGGAGUGACAAUGUUCAGACACAGGACACCCAGAGGGAGUUAUGAGUGCACAGUGUCUGGGCUCCGCUGGCUGUGUGAGAGAGAUGUCAUUCUGAAGUAUCACUUCAGGAACUGGGAACCCUACAGUCAACUUCUGAAAGACAUGCGGUACACACAAGGUGGUCCAUUGCUGGACAUCACUAUGGAGUUAGGUGAACUGGAGGAAGUUCAUCUGCCACACUUUGUCUGUUUAGGGACCAACCCUCCCCUGAGGAAUGAGAUGAAGAUUCUUCAUGUAGAGGAACAUGGAGUGUCUUUAGAGGAAGUGCAUGAGGUCACCAGAUUCCAUGUUAAGAUUCUCCAUCCCAAGUUCUCACCUAUCUCUGUUAUAUGGAAAUCACUGUCUCGUAAGAAAGAUGUCCACUGUGACGUGGUCCUCUACAUGGCAGUAAAAAGGUCAACAGUCAUUUCAAGGCUGUACCUGCUCCUCAGAAACUCCAGUCAGAAAGAGGCUGUUCAGGAACGGGAGAAAAACCAGGUGUCCAAAGGAUUUUCAGAAUUCGUCCUGUCAAGUCCAAACGGGUCCUUAAAGCUGAACAGUUGGUUUGCGUUCAAGAAUCCCCGCUCCACUUCCAUCAAUCCAGAGAAGAUUCAGCUGUUACCUGCAGACACCACACCAAGCUGUUGUCAGAUGAUUAUGGGAAACACAGGGGUGGAUAUUGAGAUGGAGUUAAUCGGGGAUGAUGAGAGGACAGUAUGGAAAUCAGUGGUAUCAAAAGAUGUGUACAGCAACGACUCUCAUCCAACAUCAUUAAUACUCCUUGGGAUUCCUGCUGAGGAGUUUCUGAAGAAACACAGGGCUGAACUCAUUCAGGGAGUCAAAAACACAAAGCCAAUAGCAGAUGUUCUGCAGUCAAAGUACAUGAUUGGUGAUGAAGAGUACUCCAGAAUAAAAGCUGAAACAACUGAACAGGAGCGAAUGAGAGAACUACUGAACGCAGUCCUCCCUAAAGGACCAGAAGUGAUGGGAGCUUGUCUCAAAGCUCUCAGUGAACAUGAACGCCAUCUUGUUAAGUACUUGAGUGAAUCGAGCACCUAAUCUGAAGAUACUGAUCCCUGUCUUCUAGUCUGUGGACAAAGACACUUCUCCACCUAAUCUGAAGAUGUUGAGGCCUGUCUCCUAGUCUGUGGACAAAGACACUUCUCCACCUAAUCUGAAGAUACUGAGGCCUGUCUCCUAGUCUGUGGAAAAAGACACUUAAGUGAUUUUAAGGGAAAUGUUUGUUUGUGCUAUUCUUUUAACAAAUGUUGGGUUUUAUUCAUGUGCUGUUCUGUAAACUAAUUUGUGUGUUCAUGCAAGUGGCUGACUGUACAAAUCCUCACUAUCAGUAGAUGUAAUUUGGCAGUAAGGCCAGACGUUGGUUUGAGAACGAGAUAUCUCAGUUUCAAGGUCUCAUCUAAGAGAGAAGAAGUCUCGUGAGGUGUUGGUCUGUCCAAUGUUAUGAACCAGUAUUGGUCGGUCACAUGAAUGAAGCAAACAGUGAUGAUUCAUUAAUUAUGCUAAAUCAUGCAAAUUUAACUUGUCUGUGUAUAGCCAUAUAUGAGAACUGCUGGGGCUGCCCAGGCAUAGCUCCUGAUUGACAUGUGUACUAUGGUUCAUUGAGUUGGGUCUGACCAGGCAUAGCCCCUGAUUGACAUGUGUACUGUGGUUCAUUGAGUUGGGUCUGACCAGGCAUAGCCCCUGAUUGACAUGUGUACUAUGGUUCAUUGAGUUGGGUCUGACCAGGCAUAGCCCCUGAUUGACAUGUGUACUAUGGUUCAUUGAGUUGGGUCUGACCAGGUAUAGCCCCUGAUUGACAUGUGUACUAUGGUUCAUUGAGUUGGGUCUG